AUGGGCGGAGACUCUAUGGGCGGGGACUCGUUCGAGAGGCGGGGCAGCACCGACUCGACCAGCGAAUCAGGGAGCAGGAAACUGCUGCAGAUGGAUAGCGGCUACGCCUCUAUGGACGCACCACCGGGAUCGCUCACCAGGGGGCAGUCAACCGGGGAGGACAGAGGAGGAGGGGGCAAGACGGCGUCGGAGAGGAGGAGAUACUUCACCCAUGCGGGGAGGAAGGGAACGGUUGUCUGCGAGAGCUUCGAGGAGGAGGAGCCAAACGAGGAAGAGGAGGAGGAAGUGGAGGUGGAAGACAAGACGGAGAUCGCUCUCCUGCCAGACAAGUUCACCUUGUUUCCCCCAGUGGUUGGCACGGCAACAUCAUCUAAAGAAGCCUCUCCCCGUCUCUCUCCCGUCAAGUCACCCUUGCUAGGAUCUCCGAAGCCUCGUUUGUUCCGUCGCCGUGACUACAGUAUUGACGAGCGUACGGAAGCCCUCUUCAACGAGUUCCUGAGGCACGACCCCCGAUUGGACCAUCACCCCGGCAGGCCACACCCCCACUCCCGCAAUAGGUCCCGCCUCCACGUCCGGGGCCAAUGGCAACGCAACAAGCAACACAGCGAUCCGGGAGGCUCCGGCACAGGUUCCACAGCAGCAGCUGCGCGUCUGUCCCCAUCUCUGGAGCGUCUUCGUUGGGGGGGCCCCAUGAGGAGAGGAGAGAGUGCCGGACCCCUGGAUGCCCAGUCCCCCCUGGCACACACGCCACCCCCACCACCCUGCUCAGCCAGCUGCUUCAGCAUCAGCAGCAUCACCACCUCCACGGCCCCCUGCCCCGCAUAG